AAGCAUCCAAUUUGCGCAAACGCAGGCGAGAAGCAGCAUAGCGUGGUGGUGAUGCUCGCUGCAUGCCGCAUGUCUCGCGUCGCAUAGCGCACACACACAGACGGAAGCGGGCUCGUGUCAGCUUGGAAUCACCUUUACACAUUAUUUGGCGUUCAGUAAACGCGACGAAUCCCAGGAAUUUGGGUUCGACACACGCGAAACCGGACGUUUUGCGAGCACCAGCACGUUUCCAUCAGCCUCCAACGCGUUACUUGAAGUAAUCAUGGGAAAACAGAACAGCAAACUGACCCCUGAGGUGAUGGAGGACCUUGUGAAGAACACUGAGUUUAAUGAACAUGAGCUCAAGCAGUGGUACAAGGGCUUCCUGAAAGACUGUCCCAGCGGUCGACUAAACCUGGAUGAGUUCCAGCAGCUCUAUGUUAAGUUCUUCCCUUAUGGUGACGCGUCGAAGUUUGCGCAGCAUGCGUUCAGGACCUUUGAUAAGAAUAGUGACGGUACUAUCGACUUCAGAGAGUUCAUCUGCGCCCUGUCCAUCACGUCACGGGGAAGCUUCGAGCAGAAGCUCAACUGGGCCUUCAACAUGUACGAUCUGGAUGGAGACGGCAAGAUCACUCGAGUGGAGAUGCUGGAGAUUAUAGAGGCUAUUUAUAAAAUGGUGGGCACGGUGAUAAUGAUGAAGAUGAACGAGGACGGUCUGACACCAGAGCAGAGAGUGGAUCGGAUCUUCAGCAAGAUGGAUAAAAACAACGACGACCAGAUCAGUCUAGACGAGUUCAAAGAAGCCGCCAAGAGCGACCCGUCCAUCGUACUGCUCUUGCAGUGCGACAUGCAGAAGUGAGGCAUGCUCCGGACUGAACCAGUCAUCCGUUUCCACUCUCAUUUCCACAAGAGUAACAUGUCUGGACUAAACUUUUAAACGAACUUUCUUUGUGUGAUCGAACAACUAGUAUGCAUGAGAACGUUAACCGCUAAAGAGUUUAGAGUAUAUCCGUUUAAUUUCCAACAUGCAACAAUGUGAGACGUGUAAAUCAAACGAGUCGCAUCCAUCGUCAGUGAAGUGCUCCGCCGUAUUUCAUUUCUAGCCGCAAUACUUCCGAUCACACACACUACGUUGACUGCCGUGCUUCACGCGGUUAUUCGGGAAGCGCGUCACACUAAAUAUUACGAUGAAAUCAGUCUGUCGAACUUCAAUACUGGACGUUAAGGAGAGCGGCUUAUCAAAGGUCCAAACGUGCUUGUACUUGAGAAUAUAAAUGUAAGUUAUUUGCAUGCAUGUCCUAAGUGUAAAAACCUACUCUCUCUUCAUUUCGGCAACCUUGACAAAUAAUGCAAGGGAGGCCUUAUAUAAAUGAUAGUAUCAAUAACAAUGCUAAUGUGUGAUUUACAUUCGUUCCUCAUCUGUCCAUUAGAUGUCCUCCCUCGGGUGCAUGUUUCCUCACGUUUAAAGACGUACCAUGUGUGUGGUAAAAGCUUUCUGUAAGGCACACGUUCCAGCCGCCUCCGGCAUGAUUUGCAUCUGCCAUUGGCUGAUGCUGGUUUCACCCUAUUUUGCACUGACUCCUAAUAUCCAGAAAUAACCAACCAUUAUUUUUCUUAACAUUAAAAGACCACCGCUGACAUCAUUUUUUUUCCCUUUGUGCACAUGCAUGAAUGGUUGCCUGUAAAUUCAUUUUAGUAAUAAUACAGAAAGGGCAAUAUAACAUUUUAAGCAAAUUUUCCCUUGGAGGGCAUUUGGUAAAGGAUCCACUUCUUAUUCAAGCGUUCUUUUGUAAAACAGUAUUUCUACUCCAGCACCCAUGGAUUUCAGCUGCAUCCCUCAGAAGCAACUUUUCAAUUAUUUUCCAGUACCCUCGUUACGUUAGUCCCUACAUUUUGUAUCCUCCGUGUGUUAUGUUCUCCUGAGACUUAAAAAAUAUGGCAUUCCAGAUCUCCUACUUUCACAUCUUGUGACAUUCAGGAUGGUGACAGUCCCUUUGGUGGAGAACGAGGCACAUCUUUGUAAAAUGCACCUGCCCAAUAAAUAGUGUAUAUGUUUGCCCUGUAAAUAUUUGUACCUAUUACGGUAAAGCCAAACUGAAGCAGUCCUUUAAUUGUGUUAUAAGAGGUAUGUGUUUUAUUUGUGGCAUGUCUUCAACUUGGUAUGUAACAGUUGCACUGACGACAUUGUGAUUAAAAUCAAUAAACUAUCUAUGGGUUGUUUUCAGAA